GCGGGAGAAGGAUAUAAGCAGCAGCUCUCGUUAUUUGCCUUUCUUUUUCAGCUCUUCAGCUAGAACAUCCCUAGUUGUCUGUACAUUUUUUUCUCUUGGGCUGUGCUCUUAUAAAUCUGCCACCCUGAAGUUUCUGGCUGUACUCCUGGCAGCAGGGAUGCUUGCUUUUCUUGGUGCAAUUAUCUGCAUCAUUGCAAGCAUUCAGCCUGCUUCCAAUGGAGCUGUCCCUAGUUCUGAAAAUAAAUCUGUAUCUGUCUCUGAUGUGGAAGGGGGACUGGGAGCUCUCCAUGGUGCUGAUGGCACAUAUACUGGGCUGGAUGGGCUUAGUGGUCUCCCUAUCACUGGACCACAAACUCAGACUUCCAGCCAGUUCCUCUGCACCCCUUUGGUUGACAUGUGCUCCUCUGUAGGAUCAAAAGAUGCUUCAGUUGUUGGAGAUGUUUUAUUUCUGCAGACUACUGCAGAACAACUUAGGCAGACUGCGCUACAACAGAAAAACCAGAUACUUUCUGACCAACAAACUAUUAAAGAUUUGACAGGAAAGUUAAGUCAGUGUGAGAAUGGCUUGGAACUUAGUUUUAGGGACACAUCUGAAGGAUGGGGCUCCAGAAAAGAAACCAUGGGAGACCUACCUGUGGAGUCUGAUGAAGCAAUAGAAGAACUGGAAAGGGCUGUCAUAACUUUAAAAGACAGAAUUGAGAAAUUAGAGCACGAGUUGCAGACAAAAGAAAAGGAGAACAAAUCAUCAGUUUCAUCAGCUGCACCAGACUCACUGCACUCAAAAAUUGGCGAGUUAGAAGAGCAGCUAGUCUCCAAGAUCCUACAGCUGGAAAAAGACCGCGCUUCAUUCACUAACGAAAAUGACCAGCAGAAGCAGCACACAGAAAAAGAUCUAAAUGACCUGCAUCAUCGAAUUACUGAACUAGAGCAAGGUAAUACUGGACCCAAAUUUCCAGAAGGAUACAAAGUGGUCUUCCCAGUACGCACAAAUUACAUGUAUGGGCGAAUCAAGAAAAGUUUGCCAGCACUCUAUGCAUUUACAGCUUGUAUAUGGUUAAAACCUAAAGGCCCAGGUGGGAUUGGAACACCUUUCUCCUACUCUGUACCUGGACAAGCCAAUGAGAUUGUUCUUCUAGAGUGGGGACAAAAUCCUAUAGAACUGCUAAUUAAUGAUAAAGGGGCUGAGCUACCUUUCACCCUAAAGGAGAAGUUCUGGCAUCAUGUCUGCAUCACUUGGACAACCAGAGAUGGAAAGUGGGAGGCAUAUCACAAUGGUGAACUUCAGGGGUCUGGAGACAACCUGUCAGCAUGGCACCAUAUUAAACCUAAUGGAGUACUAAUACUUGGACAGGAUCAGGAUACACUUGGUGGUCGCUUUGAUGCAACACAGGCAUUUAUUGGCGAAAUUGCCCAGUUUAACAUGUGGGAUCACAUCCUAACUCCAGAAGAGAUUUUCACCCUUGCAAACUGUUCUCUUACUUUGACAGGAAAUAUUGUUGCUUGGGAUGACAAAAGUGUGGACAUUUUUGGUGGUGCAACCAAGUGGGCUCUUGACAAAUGUGAAGAAAGACUGAAACCUUGAGAAUAUUUUUCUCAUUGUGGGGUAAAAUAUCUCCCAUUCCACACAGUGGCCAUUGAGACAUAAUAUAUUCUAAAUUUUAAAAUACAGAAAUCAGAUAUUGACCUGGAUUUUAACAAUUAGGCCUUUGUGUAUAUUCUUAAUGGAUGUGUUUGUUUUGUGGGAAUAAUCUUCCUUUCAGUAUUGUUCCCUUUACUUAAGAUAAUAUACAUUUUUCACUGGAGCCAGGGCACGUAAUUUUUAAGAUCAUUGUACCUUGUCUGACACAGUCUCUGUGAAAGGUUGUGAUCUUAAAUAAUAAAAUUAGUAUAUCUUAACUUUCUCACUCUGUCAAAUCAUCAAAUACCACAAUAAGAUAAGAUAUAUCCCUUUUAAUGUAGGUGUUGUCACUAAAACCCAUCUCAGCAUCUAUGCUGUGAGUAGAAGAAGAUACUUUGGGUCAAAUUAAAUUUUACUUAGGCACCCAUUAUGAUUUGAGCCAGCAUUCUAAUUCCAAGCUCUGCCUCAGACAUAAAAAUAGUCCCCUUCACAAGAGGUUAGGCUUUGAUAACAUUUACUGGUACCCCUAGUAGUUACCUCCAGUUCUUCAGCUUUUCAAGGUUGAUUCAUAUUACAGACCAUAUUACUAAAGUGGGCAGCAAAGCUUCAGGUCCUCAUACAUAUAGAUUGUAAGAUACUGACAGUAAUGGAUCAGAAGUCUGUUUCUUUGGGUUAGAUGUUGGAAGAACAUUAGUAAUAGCAGUAGAUCAUCCCAGGGCACUGACAUUUAGUAUGAUGUCAUUAUAGAUGUGGGCAAUCUUAACAAUGGUUCUCAGAAAUUUUUUUGGCUUUAUUGCCCAUGCAUAAGCUAAAGUGAUACUUUAUCAAUGUGGCACCUUCUCCCAGGGGAUAGUUGCACAUUGACAUCCAACUCAAUCAUCUUCUCCUGUAAGAAAGCCAUCAAAUAUUUAGUCCUUGUUUUGUAGCUGUCUCCAGAACUCUGGGUUCAUUCCUAAAUGCAUGAUUUAGGCACACUGCAGAUCCAUACCCUACCUCUUGCACCUGUGGAGUGGUGAACAAAUAUGGAUUUUCCUUUUUAAGUUAGAAAAUAAGGACUAGUCAGUUUCAGCUUUUAUCAGCUUCAACCUGCAUGGAUGAGUUCCCAUUCUCUUUAUUGAAAUUACACUUACUUGAAGCACUAAACCCUGAGACAACUUCUUCGAAAGAUGAACUAUGCAAAACCACAGAUAACCGACAUUUUACAUAGGGAAACAACCACUUGACCACCGUGGUGAACCUUGUCCUUUUCCCCAGUGUAGUACAAUCUUGAAGUUGGUAUAUUUAGUCAGACGGGUUGUGGGGGGUGGGGGGAUGCAGCUCCCCACUUGGGUGAGUUUAAAUAUGUUCCAUUUUAUUAUUUUGACCUGGUGGCCAAGUGUUUCAGUUAUCUGUGAUUUCAUAUAUUUUGUCUUUAGAAGAAGACGUUUUGGUGUUUAGCAUUUCGGGUAAGUGCAAUUUCGAUAAAUGAAAGUAGACCCAUAUAGAGAAGGUAAAUAGAAUUGCAUGUCGAUAUUCUAAAUAAGGUUUGAUUGUAGACUCUUGUUUGAUCAGUAGAGGAAGGAUAGUCAAUUUUAGCUGCUUUCAGCUUCUCUCUAUUUAGUUAAGUCUGACUGCAUUAUCUCAAGGACUUUAGCACACCAGAUCUGUCUGUUCAUAUAUUCAUUACUUCAGUAAUUCUGCUAUCCAUCUUAGCUGCUGUUACCCUCUUCUUAUUAUGCCUUUGACCUUUCCCAGCAUCAGUGUCUUCUACAGUGAAUCUUGUCUUUGCAUUAUGUGGCUGAAGUAUCAGACUUUUAGUUUUACUAUAGACCUUCCAAUGAACAGUCUGGGUUUAUUUCCUUAUGUACUGACUCAUAUGAACUUCUUCAAAUCCACAGAAUGAAUUCUCAAACAUUUUCUCCACCACCACAGUUCAAAGGCAUCAAUUUUCUGGUGCACAGCAUUGCUUAAAACCCAACUGUCACAGACAUAGUUUAUUAACAUGAAACCAUGGCUUUGGCUAUACAGAUCUUUUUUUAACAAUGUAGUAUCAUUGCUGUUUAACAUCUUAUCUAGGUUUACCAUAGUUUUCCUUCCAAAAAGCAAGCAUCUUUUAAUUUCAAGGCUAUCACUAUCUGCAGGGAUUUUUGUGCCCAGUAAAAUAAAAUCUGCCACUGUAUUCACUUCAUCCCCAUCUAUUUGAAAAGAACUGAUAAGCCAAGAUAACACAAUUUUAUUUAUUUAUUUUUUGUGUGUGUAUUGAGCAUCAAGACAGUUCAGCACUUUCUACUUUCACCUUCAUCAACAUAUGCAACUCUUCCUCAUUUUCAGCCAUCAGAGUGGUAUCAUCUAUGAACCUAAGAUCAUUAUUACUUCCUCUAGCUAUGUUGAUUACAGAAUCUGAUGCGAUGUUGAUUACAGAAUCUGAUUUUUAAUCCAGGAUAUUGCAUGAUAUAUUCAGUGUAUAAAUGAAAUAAGUAGGGUAACAACAUAUAGCUUUGUGACACUACUUUCCCAGUCAUGAACCAUUUGGUUAGUUAAUUUUCAGUUCUAACAGUUGCUUCUUGCUCUGCAUGCAGAUUUCUCAGGAGGCAAAUAAGAUGAUUUGGUAUUCCCAUUUCUCUAAGAACAUACCACAGUUUGCUAUGGUCCACACUGUCAAAGGCAGAAAAUAAUGCAUUAGUAAAGAUUUUUUUCUGGAAUUCACUUGAUUUCUCUAUUAUCCAGUGAAUGGUAGCAAUUCAUUUCUGUUGGUUCUGUCCCUUUUAAAACCAGUUUAUGUAUCUGUCAGUUCUCUACCCAUAUAUUGCUGAAGUCUAGCUUGCAGGAUUUUGAGCUUUAUGUUGCCAGCUUGUGAAAUAAGUGCAACUGUUUGAUAAUUUAAACAUUGCUUAGUACAACCCCUUUUAGAAAGGAAUAUAAACUGACCUUUUCCAGUUCAAUGACCACUGUUUUGUUUUCCUUAUUUACUAGCGAAUUCCAACUGAAACACCAUCAUUUUGGAGGAUUUUAAAUAAUUUAGCUGGAAUUCCGUCACUUCCUGCAGCCUUGUUAUUAACAAGGCUUCCUAUGUUUCAUUUAGCUUCACUAUCCAGCAUGUCAGGGUCUAGAUCAGAGAACAUAUCAUUGUAUGUAUCAGUGGUAUUAAGGUCAUCCGAGUAUAGUUUUUUGGGGGGCAUCAUAUUGACUCACUGACAAUGCUUAAAACAAAACCCGCUGAAAGAACUUUUGGUGAAACUCGGUGAUAAGUUUUUUUUGGGGACAAGCCCCACUGCAUCCACCAUGUGAGAAGAAAUCCCCAAACUUAUACAAACAUACUGUGAUAUCACAUUAACAGUGAAGAAAAGAGAAAACUCUACUGUUUGCAGAAAGUUAUUUUGGAAACGUUUAUUCAGUCCAUCGGCAGGCACUAGAAUUGCUGUUAAUAGACUAACAAGCUCCCUUCUUUUGUUAAGAGAUUCUGAGUGAACUCUGCUUUGAGCUUGUAACAAUAGUACGUGUUGCUACAAAGGCAAAAAUGCGUACUAAGAGCUGGUUAUGUCAUUUUGUCACUUAGGUCCUACCUAUGCAAACUCAUCAGUGAAUUAAUAUAAAUGACAUCACAAAACCAAAGAAUGAAAUUCUCCCAGCUAAUUUCAGUUAAUCUCAAAUCAUGGAGUUUCAUCAUUAGAAACAGCUGGCAUGUAAAUGUAGGCAGUUGAUUAGAAUAUUACAUGACAGAGUCAAACACUCAAACAAUAGCAGCUGGCAAAAUGCAGAUUAGCUCAACUGUCCCAUCUCAGUACUAUCAUACCUUUGUAAGAACGGUUGCAGUCAGUUUUAUUUUGCACAAGGUGAGCAAAAUAAGUAGUGAAACAAAGCCAUGUGUGAUAGUAUAGAGUUGCAUACAGAAUUUUAAUUAAACAAAAAGGUUAGUGAAAGGGAUAUUUUUCGGGCAUUUAACAUUGACCUAUGCUAUUUUGCAAACUGCAACUUAGAGGCAACAA